CAUGCUCAUUGGUAACAUGAGUGACAGCGAUAAAAGGUGAGGAGGACGCCAAAAAUGUAAAUAUAUGAUAACUGGUUGAAUACAGACGGUUCACUUUAUUAACACGUCUCUUUAGUUUUGUGAACUGGACCAUUCGGAGGAAAUCGUUUGAAACAUUAAAAGAAAAAUAUCUGGUUACAUAUCUUUGUUUACAUCCUGUGGCACGUGUUUUACUUUUUUGUUUGUUUUUGUCAAGUGAACGCAACGUUUUUCGUUCGUUGUCGACAUUGUCUUUAAUAAUAUGCUAAUGAGGAUUCUACAAUUGGACUUUAAAAUGGGAUUCACCGCGUCCAGUGAAGGUUUUGUGGCGCUGCGUGUGUGCUUGCCUCGGUAAUUCAACCUCCCAAGCCAGCCUGGAUAGGACACGCACAAGGGACCUCAUGGAGUCUGUUGGAAAGUUUGAGUUCAGCAGGAAAGACCUGAUUGGUCACGGUGCCUUUGCGGUUGUGUUCAAAGGACGACAUAAGGAGAAACAUGAGUGGGAAGUGGCUGUCAAGUGCAUCAACAAGAAAAACCUGGCUAAAUCCCAUUCUCUACUUGGGAAAGAAAUCAAAAUAUUAAAGGAACUCAAGGAUGAGAAUAUAGUCAGACUACUAGACUAUCAGGAAAUAGGUGGUUGUGUGUAUCUCGUCAUGGAGUAUUGCAAUGGAGGUGACCUGGCUGAGUACCUUCAAUCUAAGGGGACGUUAAGCGAGGAUACAAUCCGAGUUUUCUUUCAGCAGAUUGCUCAGGCCAUGAAGGUUCUACAGAGCAAAGGCAUCCUGCACAGAGAUCUGAAACCCCAGAACAUCUUGCUCUGCCACCCGAAGGGCAGGAGGUCCAGUUCCAUUAACACGUGCGUUAAGAUAGCUGAUUUUGGCUUUGCGCGUUAUCUUCAGACAAACACUAUGGCAGCAACACUGUGUGGCUCACCCAUGUACAUGGCCCCCGAGGUUAUCAUGUCCCACACUUAUGAUGCCAAAGCUGAUCUGUGGAGCAUAGGCACCAUUAUCUACCAGUGUCUAACUGGGAAGGCACCAUUUCAUGCAAACACACCACAGGAGCUCCGCCUCUUCUAUGAAUGCAACAGGACCCUUGUACCAAGCAUCCCAAAGGAGACUUCAAGUAACCUCAGACAGCUACUGUUGGGACUUCUUCAGAGAAACCACAAGGAUAGGAUCAGCUUUGAUGAGUUUUUUUAUCAUCCUUUCCUGGAGACAAGCUCAGCUUCUAGAAAAUGCUCUCCAACACUGGUGUGCUUCUAUCCUAGUUCUGCCUCAGGAAGCUCUUCUAGCAGCUCCUCCACAUCCCACCCAGCCUCUCCUCAGCUUUCCAAUAAAGAGAAAUAUCGCCAUCAGGCCAAAUUGAAAAACUCUCCUGUGUCAGACACCGUUGUCUUCCACUCGAAAGAACUAACCAGAAGAGGAAGCAUGGACAGUUUGUCUUUUCCAGAAGACUAUGUUAUGGUACAUCCCGAGUCUCCCGGUGAGUACACGUGUGAGCAGGACAGUGCAUCGCCCAUUGAAAGUUGCCUGAUAUACACUGGGAGAAGCCCACCUAGAACAGAGAGAGAUCUUGAACCAAUUGGCAGGACAUCUCCCUGCUCUCCUUUGCUUCAGUGUCACUCCAAGCCUCCUGGGAAGCCUGCUGUGUCUGACCGCAGCCAUUCAGAGCCUAUUCCAGUCCCAACUCAGAUCCAUAACUACCGGCGAAUGGAGCGGAAUCUGCAACCUUCAGGCUCACAAGACUCCACCAGGGGCCGACUCUGUUAUGCUGGCUCGAGUGAAUGUUCCUCACGACGCGAAUCUAAUGAUUCCUGUCCUGUCCCAUACUCCUCAAGUCCAACUAGCAGAGGGGCCCAGGCACCUCAGUUCCCGCCUCGUGUGGGAAGUACCCCAAGGACUUCAGAUCAGACUCUACCUAUUAGAACAAGAACUGGAUGGCCCAUGGAGUCCCCUGACAAGAUGGAGAGUCCCAGCAACAAGGAUAAUUCAUGCAGGACCAUGUCAGAUGCGCAGAGUCCAACUCUUGCAACAGCUUCCCUCACCAACUAUGGCAAUAAAUCCUCCAACAAAAAUGGGCAAUUUAAAAUAUCACAGAACAUUGGCAGAGUGUCUGGCAUUUUGCUUAAAGCUGCAUUUGGACCUCAAUUUCUUGAACCGAGAAGUGAUGAAAGUCUCUGCUAUGAAAAGACCAUGGAUAUCGCAGCACCACUUACUGGCUGUCACGCAGUACUUGCUUCAUCGGCGAGCUCACCAACUGCAGUCUUCUCCUUGGGUUCUCCUGCUAUUGGAAACACUCCUCCUGACACUAUGUUCCCAAGGAUGCUGUCAGGCUCACCCAACUGCAUUACCACAGCCUUGUUGCGCAACAGUCCCCUUCGUUAUCAAAGAAGCUGUAAAAGCAAUGAGACUGAAUCUAUGGAUGUUACUCCGCACUGCAGUUUGGCCUUUCAUCCUCCUGAGGUCCCCGGAGAUACAUUGAUGGAGCAGGUCCAUAGAGAUGCCCUGGGUGACCUCCAGUUCAUAUUGGCUUUUGUGCACUGUAUCAUGGAAUUGGCUUCUUCGAAGGACCCGGUUAUGGAUGCCAUUAGAAGCCCCGAGGUUUCCUUUCCAGAACACAGUCUGUUGAUAGACCAAAUCAGCCUCUUAAGUCGAGACUGGAGCUGUGCAGAACAGUUACUGUUGUAUAUGAAAGCAGUAGAGUCUCUGUCCGCGGCUCUGCAUAAUGCCAAAGAAAAUAUUCAGCAAGGUCGACUGCUUCCUUCAUCCACAGUCAAACAAGUGAUCAAGAAGUUGAAUGAAUUGUACAAGAGCUGUAUUGUAUGCUGUCGCUCCAUCAGCGAUCGGCUGCAAACAUUUUUGACCGACAAGCAGAAGCUAAUGAAUCGCUUCAAUGGACUCACAGCAGAGAAGCUCAUCUAUUGCCACACUAUGCAGAUGGUACAAUCUGCAGCUUUAGAUGAGAUGUUCCAUUGUGAUAGAGAAGUAGUCCAGCGAUACCAUAAAGCUCUUCUGCUUCUGGAGGGUUUGUCCCGAUUCAUCACGGAGGGAAAGGACAUUGACAGUAUUGAACGAUGCAAGCAGUGUAUCGAACGACGCCUCUCUGCUCUGCAAACAUAGCAGUGCCAGUGUUGUAGUACUGCCUUCACAGAAGCCGUGUUGUCAUUCCUCAUUCACCUCAGUGCAAUGUAGAGGAUAGAUUCUCCCAUUGGCAUCCACGACCACUUUUAUUUUUCUCAAGGGAAUGACCACUGGAGUGCCUGCUCCAAGCACACAGUCCAGCAUCUAAAAUCUUGACAUGUGCACACAAGACUGGACUUUCUUGAAUCUGAUCUUGAAGUGAGACUUUGUAACAAUGAUUUGUUUGAUGAGACCGAUGCUACGCUCAUUACUUGUUACUAGGGGUGUAAAUCACGGGUUUUGUCACGAUACAAUAUCAUAUCGAUACAAAGAACUACGAUACGAUAUUUGCCGAUAUCUUAAAGCCUGCUGCGAUUCAUUCACGAUAUAGUGCUCUACGAUCGAUUAUUUUUUUUUUUAAUAAAAAAUAUAGAACAAUAUCCUGAUUUAUAACAAAUUCUUUUUGGACACUAGCCAUAGCACCAGCCCAGGAGCCGCGUACUAGUUGUCGACUCCCCUUUCACGUGCCUGCUCUGCUCACAGCACAACAACGGCGCGCACUGCUCCCGGAAAGAGGAAGCAAGCAACAAUGAAAUGGAUUUCAAAAUAAAGUCGCGUCUAGUGUCCGAGGUCAAACACGGCGAUAUAAAUUGAUGUUUACGUUUAGCACCGAUGCCAAUAAAUCGUAGAGCAUUAUAUCGAUUAAUUGAUGUGUAUCGAUGAAUCGUUACACCCCUACUUGUUACGUAUCUUUUGUUUGUGUGUUUUGCACAUAGAUUUCUCUGAUUGUAGGUCAUACUUGAAACUAAAGUUAUGAUUUGGGGUGUUUUAAAGUUAACUGACAGGAGUGGAAAAAUGCUGAAUGACCAACUAUUGUAACGGUGCCUUGUUCAAGUGGGAUUGUCACCUGAUAACAUUGAGAACAAUUUUAAUUGAAAAUGAGAAUGACACAUUGUUACUUUUAUUGUUAUGCAAGUGGUAAUGUUGUUUAGAAUUGGUGCAUGGCACAUAAUCUUGUAUGCGUACAUUUUCAUUAGAGUUUGACUUGAUAGAUGUACGCACUGUGUAGAAAAACACUUUGCUGAUAAGUUAAUGUAGUGGUGUAUGAUUCUUGUGCAAAACGUGUGAAGAAUAAAGACGCAUUUGAGUUUGA